AUGCUUCAUUUUAGCGUAUUUGACGACUCGGUCGAUAUCGUUGCAAAUAGUCUGUCCGUACGACAUGACACGAAUAAGUCUAGCGCGAAGCAACACCUUCAAAUUGCCAGUGAGAAUAUGCCCACUGAAACGUCAAAGGCGAAGAUGGAUUCAUAUCUUAGCGAUGAUGCCUCCGAAAAGCCUCACAAGACGGGAAAGCAGGUUUUUUUUUGCGCCUUGAAUGAUGAUCUCUCUAGAGAGUUGCAGCCUGGAGCGAAGAUCGGAAGUGCAAAAAGGAAACCUCUCGGCUCUCGUGACGACCUAAUGCGCAGUGUCCGCUUGACUAACAAAGAUGCCCUUGUGCAGGCUCAAAUAAAUGCCGCUGCAGAAAAAAGCGUACACUGUAACCACUGCAAAAAAGGCAUCACCAAGAAUUUAGUACAAGUAAUUUCAUCGAGAUAUGUGAUGCAAGUCACAGAAGAAAGCUGUUUAAAGGAUCAUUUUGCCGCGACUGUAGUACCAGCGCUCGAACUGGAUCCCUUUACUUUCGAAAACCGUAAAACACUCGUAUCAGAUAAACGGGUCGAAAGAUACUUGUGCUCGAGGCCAGAUGCUGUCAAGCUUCAUUCUAAUAGGUUGCCGCGGCUUCUGUGCGCUAAUCAGUCUAAGUGCAAGCUGCAAAAGCAGUUUGUCUUCAAAGCCGGUCCAACACUUUCACUUCGGCUGCUCAAAGUGCUUGGUUCUGGGUCAUUCGCGAAUGUUUUCUCGGCUAACGUCGUCGACACAUCUAAAAAUACCACCUUAAGCAAGGCUGUCAAAAUUGAGAAGGAGCGUCAGAAUUUAGCGUGGGAGUUCUACAUCACGAACCAGAUUAAGAACAGAUUAAGGAUUGAGAACGAGCUUUCAGACAAGGAAAUUCCUGUGCCAACUUUUACCGAGCUUCAUUUGUUUUCGAACGGAGCAUUGCUGAUAAUGGAAAAGGGUCACAUUGGUACUCUUUUCGAUAUCCUUAAUUGUUAUAAGCAGUCAGGCAUACGAUUUCCCGAAGUGUUGGUUGUCUACUAUAGUAUCAAGAUGCUGCGAUGCAUAGAGCUCCUUCACUGUGCAAAAGUUCUUCAUGGCGAUAUCAAACCGGAUAAUUGGUUGAUGAUGCCUGGAAACCCAGCUUCGGAGUUAUCAAUGAUCAUCCAAGAUCCGCGGAUAGACAAUGAAUUCCAAGCUGGUGAUCUUUUUCUCAUAGAUUACGGAAGAUCCAUCGACCUCGGUCUGUAUCCGGAAGGAACAUAUUUUAAUGGCAGUUGCCAUGCGAAAGGCUUUCAGUGUGUUGAAAUGUUGACGCAACGACCUUGGUUACACCAAAUCGACACGUUUGCUUUUUGUGGAACAAUGCACUGUUUGCUCUUUGGGGAGUAUAUGGAUAUCAAGCCUCGUCAAAAUUCCAAGGGUACAAUAGAUUGGGGGAUUGCUAGGCAAUUCAAGCGGUAUUGGGACGUUGACAUGUGGGAAGGCAUUUUUUAUGAGCUUCUGAAUGUAAGAAGCUGCAUAGAUCAACCCUCUUUGUCCGACAUUCGGGGGCGCUUGAAAAGUUAUUUUGUUUCCGAUGAGAAUCGUCAACGAGAACUCUUUAAGCAACUAAGUCGACAAGAACGAAUCAUAAGAAAGUUGGUCAUUUAA